CUUUGUUUCCUCUCAUCGUCAAUUAAUUUAUCAUUCUAAUUUGGCAAAGCAUAGUCACAGCUAUGAGGACUACUGCUCCACUUCUGCUUCCUGUCUUUCUCUUGGCCCUUGCCACCACAUGGCCGCCGGUGGUGGUCGCAGCUGCACCAGAAGCUGUUCGUGACACAAUGGGUCGCCCGCUCCACUCAAGGGUCAGAUACUACAUCUUGCCCGCCGACGAAAGUGCUGGUGGGUUUGGCUUCGCCAGCACCAAGAACUCCAGCAGCUGCCCAUUUGGUGUUGUCCAACAUGAAGAAAAUCAGUCCAAUGGUCUGCCGCUAUGGUUUUAUCCCGUGGAUCCUAAGAAAGGAAUCAUCCGUGUAUCCACAGACCUCAACAUCAGGUUUGCCAUCUUGACAUUACUCCCACAGCCAACAGUGUGGAAGCUGGGAGAGUUCGACCCAUCGACACAGCAGUGGUUCGUCAACACUUGUGGGGCUUUGGGGAACCCAGGCCCUGAAACCCUGAGCAGUUGGUUUAAGAUUGAACCGUACGAGGAGGAUUACAAGCUUGUUUUCUGUCCCAAUGUGUGCAGUUUCAGCUCCCCAAGAAGGUUCUGCAAGGUUAUAUGCCGAGAUCUCGGUAUUUUUUUCAAGAAUGGAAUCAGAUAUUUGGCUCUGAGUGAUCAUCCAUUGAAGAUUAAGUUCAAUAAGCAGUGAAAGUAAUAUAAAGUCCAUUGAUGUUUAUUAAGUGUAAGUCUAUUACACAGAUGUACCUCUCCUGUACUACUUUAACUAUACAAUAAAGAUCUAAUCCCGAAUAAAAGUUUUCCAUUAUUGGGUUCA